AUGUCCUACGGCCUCGACACUGACUCCUUCGCCGUCGUUGUUGCUCAUGCGACCUUCGCCUUCGAAGCCAAAACGAAAAUGUGCAAGACAUGCGAGGAGGAGUUGCGAGGCGCUGCGCUGGGGUUGGCGGCGCUGGUGGAAGACGACGAACAGACUCGGACAGACGAGAAGCUAGGUGCGAAAGGGGCGUUGAGUCGGGCUGAUUCCCUGCUCUCUCGUAGGACUUCACCAGAACAAGAAACGCAGAGCAAAGACACGCAGGAAGGACAUGACCCCCUCGUCGCCAUACCCACCACACCACCAAGCACAAAACUCAUGCUCACUCACUCGCUCAACACCACACUAACACAAAGCACCGUGAGAGAAGAGGACGAAAAGCAAGAGACCGACCCACCACUUUUUCCCCUCCCCAACACCUCCCUCGACACCAGGUUCUCUAAGGAACAGACGCCAACUACGAAGUACGCUAUCGACUUCCUAGCCCUACCUGCGAGUGGUAAGACUUCAAAGAGGAACAGCGGAGAAAUCAUGAGACCCGCGAUGUGCGCCCCUGCAGAUACCAAGACCACGAAGGCGGGGAGUGAGGCAGGGAGUAAGCGCAACAGCAGAGAGGUCAUGACAGGGACAGAGUCCACUCUCUUCUCUCUUCUCUCUCCACGCGUCGAAUUCAUCGAUGAAGUGGAAGUUGCGUGAUAGGUGAAGUGAGUCGCGUUUGGAGUGGGCGGCUUUCAGCUGGCGAAGGUCAACGGAUCGUACUUGAUUGGCUGAUGUCUCGAGGAAUAAGAUGUAGGUAGGAUAGGUCUCG